GGAGGAGCCGGAGCCGCCGCCGCCGCCACCGCCGCCGCCGCCGCUGCUACUGCUGGAGGGUAGGCGGAUGUACGGGGCGGCGGGGGCCCCGGCGCGGAGCGCUUCGGCGCCUGUGGUCCGCUCGCUGCGGCGGCCGCCGCCGGCUACGGGGGUGUCUUUUAUGAAUAAUCAAAAGCAGCAAAAGCCAACGCUAUCAGGCCAGCGUUUUAAAACUAGAAAAAGAGAUGAAAAAGAGAGGUUUGACCCUACUCAGUUUCAGGACUGUAUUAUUCAAGGUUUAACUGAAACUGGCACUGAUUUGGAAGCAGUAGCAAAAUUUCUUGAUGCUUCUGGGGCAAAACUUGAUUAUCGCCGAUAUGCAGAAACACUCUUUGACAUUCUGGUGGCUGGUGGCAUGCUGGCCCCAGGUGGUACACUGGCAGAUGACAUGAUGCGUACAGAUGUCUGUGUAUUUGCAGCACAAGAAGACCUAGAGACCAUGCAAGCCUUUGCUCAGGUAUUCAACAAGUUAAUCAGGCGAUACAAAUACCUUGAAAAGGGAUUUGAGGAUGAAGUUAAAAAGCUGCUGCUAUUCUUAAAGGGUUUUUCAGAGUCUGAGAGGAACAAACUAGCCAUGUUGACUGGGGUUCUUCUGGCCAAUGGGACACUUAAUGCAUCCAUUCUUAACAGCCUUUAUAAUGAGAAUUUGGUUAAAGAAGGCGUUUCAGCGGCCUUUGCUGUAAAGCUGUUUAAAUCAUGGAUAAAUGAAAAGGAUAUCAAUGCAGUAGCUGCUAGUCUUCGAAAAGUCAGCAUGGACAACAGACUGAUGGAACUUUUUCCGGCCAACAAGCAAAGUGUUGAGCACUUCACAAAAUAUUUUACCGAAGCAGGUCUAAAAGAACUUUCUGAGUAUGUUCGGAACCAGCAAACCAUAGGAGCUCGUAAAGAGCUACAGAAAGAACUUCAAGAACAAAUGUCACGUGGUGAUCCAUUUAAGGAUAUAAUUUUGUAUGUCAAGGAGGAGAUGAAGAAAAACAAUAUCCCAGAACAGAUCGUUAUAGGCAUAGUCUGGUCAAGUGUAAUGAGCACUGUGGAAUGGAACAAAAAGGAGGAGCUGGUAGCAGAGCAAGCCAUCAAGCAUUUGAAGCAAUAUAGCCCUCUACUUGCUGCCUUUACUACUCAAGGUCAGUCUGAGCUGACUCUGUUACUGAAGAUUCAGGAGUACUGUUAUGACAACAUUCACUUCAUGAAAGCCUUCCAGAAAAUCGUGGUGCUUUUUUAUAAAGCUGAAGUCCUGAGUGAAGAGCCCAUUUUGAAGUGGUAUAAAGAUGCACAUGUUGCAAAGGGGAAAAGUGUCUUUCUUGAGCAAAUGAAAAAAUUUGUAGAGUGGCUCAAGAAUGCAGAAGAAGAAUCUGAGUCUGAAGCGGAAGAAGGCGACUGAAUUGUGAAACUACAAGCUCAGUAAAGCAAACAGGAGUUGUAGAUAAAAUGUCAUGUCUCAUGUGUCCUUCUGGUUCUUACAUCUUCCUACCUCCCUGUAUCAAGCAUGAUAUAAGGGCUUUCAUGGCAAAUUUAUUUUAACUGUUUUCUAUGGUUACUGAAAAAUGUUGGGUUUAGUUUUUAAAACCAUGUUUUAAGUAGCUACAGGAGCUAUAGAUUUGAAUCUAAUGUUGCAUUAGUCUUUUCAGUUAUCUUCUACCUCCUGUAUUUUCUACUGUAAUAAUGUAAUUUAAGGCCUUCCACAAUGAACAGUUCAUUUUAUCCCUGGGUUUUCUAUAAACAGUUUACAAGACAUGAUUUGGUUAAAAACAAUUUGUUAUGGAAAUUCUGUUUGCAAAUUAAACUGUACAAGUAUCCAAAGUCAAAAGGCAAAUGACUUGUGUGAUAAUUUGAUAUGAAAUGAGAAGGCAGCAUUAAAUGGUUUUCAGAGCUCCAUUCAUCAGAUGAUAGUCCAUAUACGACCUCAAAGCUUAAUUUCUGAACAUUGAUUCUGAAGUAGUAAUUGGCCAGCUCUUUGUUGAUACUUCUAAAGAGUAUUUCUUUUAACGGGGGUGGAGGGUGGGGGGCAUCAUUCAAGGUUUUAAGCAAAGAUUUUCCAAGUAGCCUAUAGCUAAAAUGUCAAUUGUCUUUGCUUCCUGGUUUCUCACUUAUAAGUAAAGGAAUUGUUGGGAAGCAAUUCAGAAAAAUGAAGGCAGCACAAGUGACUAGAGAGGCAGAAAGAAAGAAAAUUACAAUCUCUCCAUUGCAUACUUCCCUUCAUUUCAGUGUUGUAGCCAAAAAAGGUAGAUGAGCAUCUGUUAUGCCACCAUCUCCAGGUCUGCUUACUGACGUAUAAUAGUCUUUGUCAUUCACAGAAUCUUGCACUCUGGAGAACCCUAAGUUCAGAGGAUAAAAAUCUUUAGAGGGAGUGCAUAUAAGGAAGUGAUGAGUAUCCUAAAACCGGUAAAACUUUAAAUGUUAAAUGACCAAUGUUGCAGAUGAGCCCUUUGGGGACUCCCAGCAUAAUUGUCCCAUCUGUCCUGUUGGCUUAGAGUCAUCCUGUAUGUUGUAUUGUAAUGCAAUGAUGUGAUACCACUUGGCCAUACUGGACUAUCUUCAUUCUUGGCAUACAGGGAUGACUGAAGCGGCUGCCUAAUAUCUGCCCCAGUUGCCAUUUUCUUCUUGCCACAAGCCAAAAAGUUUCUUUUCUAGCUCUCAAAUCUUUUUAUUCUGAUGGCUUACUUUUUUUUACUUUAAUUUAUCUUUGCUGAUAAUUUGUCUACAUACAGAGCAGCCAUUAGAAGAUGAGUGGAUGAUUAUUGCCUCAUUUUGGGCUGCUAAAUUUUGUGGUAGAGAAGACUAUUAAAUGAACAUGUUGGAAUAAGGUGUUCUGAACUCUUCACCAAAGCUGGAAACAGUGUCACCAGGACGUCAGUGAACUAUGCCCUAUUUUAGCAUGUGCAUUGAGCCAAGAAUUUGGUAUUUAAAAUUAAAAAUACACCUCAAGGGAAUGAAGUGUAAUAUAAUUUGAAGCUAACGUACAAUAGCCUUAUAAGGAAGAGCAUUAUAACUGAUAGUCUUGUGAGUGGAGUGUAUGUUAAGUUUUCAUGUGUAGAUAUUAUGUAUCUAAUAGGUUUCUACUGUAGUGAUCUGCUUCCUUUGUAAUUUGUAGUCCUAAAGACUUUUUUAAAAAAUAAAGGCCAUCCUUAAACUUAGGUUUAAUAGAUCCGUUUUUGUUAAAUUGGAAUUUUAAAAACAUUGAUAUCUAAAUGACCGGCAUUGUAUAACACAUCAAAAAUGUCCUUGCAGUUUAUAACUAAUGUAAAUGCUGCUUUUCAUCCAAGUAUGUCCCAAACUACAGGAUCCAUACCGCCAGAGGACUGGGAUCUAGAUCAAGCUAGGUUCAUGUACCUCCACAAUGAAGUCGCAUGUUACUACAAUGCAAUCAAAAUUAAAUCAUUUAAUCGCAUAUUAUGUAUAAUAGAGGGGUGAGUGUGGGAGAGUGUGGAGAGUGUGUGAAUGGCCUUCCAUCUGUCUUUCCCCAGUCACAGAAGUCUUUUCCUACUAGUGGCACAGGAAGGGGUUCAUUAAAGUUCUAGUAUAUGGACGAGUCCAAAAGUAGUCAAAAUGUUUGAAUGGUGAUUUAAUGUAGGCUUAACUCCUUAAGUACUAGGGGCUUCCCACCCUCAGGUGCCAAGAUUCCAUAUAAGUGACUUGUAAUUCUAUGGAAAAUUAACAAAAGGAAUAGUGUAAGAUGAAAUCUAGCUGCCUGUGCCAACUCCAAUGCCCUCAUGAUCCCUAAUGGAAAAGGCUACAGUUGUGCUUUCCAUAACAAAUAGGUGUUAGCAAUCAAAUUCUGUUGUUGCUGGAUGUCAUUGAGUUUCUCAGCUGAUAAUAUUAAAACAAAAGGUCAGCUCCUACUCCUUGAGGCGUUGAAAAUAUUUGAGUUGACUGGUUUUCUUUAACUGCUAUAUCAUGUCUAUAUUGACCUUUUCCCCCACUGAUUUCCUAAAAAUUGAAAGCCAAGUUAGCUCUCUAGAGCCUUUUGACUCUUAAACGAGGGCUGGAGGGAUUGGAAGACAUUCGCUGUAUCAAGUGAGUGACUGAUCUCUUUGAACUAGUUUUAGGGUGUCAGUCUUCGGUGAAAGUAAGGUCUUUUCAUGGGCUUGAGUUUCGUACUCUGUAUCAAACUUUGUGAGACAAGGUCUAUGGACAUGUAUUCAUGAUGAAAUCAUUUUUUGGCCCCAGUUUCACGUUGAUUAGCAUCUCUUAUUGCUAUGCUGAAAAUAGAAUUAUGAGUGUGGUUGCUUUGGAGAACAAGACAAAUUUGAAUUUGAGCAAUCUUCAGCAUAAAAUAAUUUUACAUUUAUUUGGCAACUGGAUAUCUGAAUAUAGGAUGUACAUAUGUUGAUUAUUUGAUGGUACAAGUGAUUUUUUUUGGCUUUUACAUAUUGGAGUUGUUUGCCAUUUUUCAUUUGUCCAUUGUAAAAAAUACAGUCUGCUUCUGAACACAGUUAUAAGAGUACACAUUAUUUCAUAGCUCUCUGUCCACUUAUUACAAUUUCAAGUUAAUCUUUCCUUGUAUAUUGUGUCCAUAGGGACUACUAUCAACUGGUAUUUUAAGUGUGUUAAUUAAGGUAGUGUGAAUACUUUGCACAAGUGAAUUUCAUGAAAUUUAUGUAAUGGAAAUCUAGGUUUACUACGUUUUGAGCACAAAUUCAUUCCUUCAUAAAGUAACAACUGCCAAGAGCUAUUGAACAAGUUUUAAGUGGUUUCAGAUCCAAUUGUAAGUAUACUCUACUGAUGGUUAAGCAAUACUGAGAGGGUUUCUGGUAAACAGCUACUUUUUUCGAUGUUUGCCCGAUUUCCUUCCCUUUUGCCUUUUUAAUCCUUAAAACCCAGACUUGACCACAUAGCAUAACUUUGAUUUCUGGACAGUAUCAUGCUCUACAUAGAGACUUACUGAGGUUGCAACUGUUAUGGAACCAUAAGGUUCAUUCAAGAUGUUCCAAGUUGAAAUAAGAGGUAUGUGCUUAAAUACCAACUAACUAAAAUAGCUUCUUAUUUCAUAAGGUUUUGUCUAAUACAUUGCAUUAGUGUGAUCUUAAAAGUAGCAGGAAGAAAUAUUGUUUUUGCUUAGCAUUGCUCAGUUAAAAAAAUUUAUCUGGCUUAUAGGCAUCCAAUUAAUCUCCAAGAAGUUUGUGUCCAUAUUACCAUAAGGGAUUAUUUUAUUUUAUACUUUGUAGCUGUAUUUCUAGCUCACUGUAAGCCACCAAUAUUAUAUGCUUUGAAUUGUCCUAUUUUCCUGGAUUAUCUGUACCAAAAUGUAUAUAGAUGGUUCUUUUGAGAUGAACUCAAUCCAUAGCAUAAGCUCUGUUCUUAACAUGGCAUUAGGACUGAUUUUUCCAGGGCUCUAUCCCUGUUAGGACAUGUUAAUAAAGUCUAGGGUUGAGUGGGAACAGUGAGCUAAAAACUUUACAAGGCUUUCUUCCCAAGGAUUGAAUAGAUAAUUACAGAGCACAGAUUCUGGGAUUACACCAUAAAUUACAUAAAUUUAUAUAUAUAAUGAAUUUGGGGCUCUGCAGGGUAAUCUUGACAAAUAACUUUGUAGAUGGUCACUAUUUACAAUCAACCAGUUGGUUUGUAAGCAUGACAAGUUCAGAGUGUCUGAGCAAAAAACUAGCCAGGAGCCAAGCAAGCGCCGGUGCUUAUAUUAAUGGCAAAAGUAGCUUGUACUAGGUUUUUGUUGUUGGGUUUUUUUUUAUUUUGAGCUGCAGAUCCUAAAGCUCUUUUAAAGGUUGUUUACCUACAGGUAAAUCUUGGCAGGAAACACCAAAGCAGCCAUUUUUUGACCAGUCCUACUUAGCAGUCUUCAAAUAUGUUAGAAAAUUUUGUGCUAUUCUACCUGAUUUCUCUAGCAUAUUAAGAUUUAAAUAUCUUGUAUAAAACAUGGACACAGCAGUAAUGUUCCAAGUAGCAGGAAUAGAAAAGAUAGGAGCAUCUGAAUGGUGAGUGGAGAAGACUGGCCAACUAGCUAGCUCUUGGCACUGCAACAUGUCCACAACCUAACUACAGCCAUCCAACCCAGUAACUGUACUGAUGCCUAUUACUAUGUAUAACUGUGAAACUUGCUUCUUGUCUGUACCCUUGAAAUUGAAAUAAAAUUUAUUGAGAAUCUUUGUUAAUGUAAAAA